AUGCCUCUGCAAAGCCGGAGAGCGGUGCAGGCGCCGCUGCUUUUGCUGUUGCUGCUGCUGCUGCUGUUGGUGGGAGGUGGGUUUCCUGCAUCAUUGGAUACAGCAAUAACAGCAGAAGCAGCAGCGGGAAGAGCAGCAUCAGCAGCAACACAAGGCUUUGGAGGAGAAGAGUGGCCUCUCGGUCUUGCUGUUAGCGGGGGAGUUGCUACUACGUCUCCUGCUUGGGGUGUAUCGCGUGCUGCAGCGAACACGUGGGACAGUUCUCUAAGCGCAUAUGCUACAGAUACAUCACGAUGGAAGUCUGGGGGCCCCCAACUUGAUUCUUACCUGAGGCCCCCUGAGGGGCCCGUUGGGGGGCCCGUUGGUGGGCCCGUUGGGGGGCCCCUUGGGGGCCCCCUUCCUUGGUCUGGCCGUCUGGGAUCGACUGGGAGUCGUUCUGUCUUGGGGCCUUCUGCUGAGGGUACCUCCUCACAAGUCUGGCAGGGGCCCCCUGCAAAGGAUUGGGGAGAUAUUACUGCAGAGCUUGCACUGGGGAGUGUAGAAGGCGAAGGGUCAAAGGCCCCUGUAGCUGCAGGCGCUGUUUCUGUUGCAGGUGUACGACGAAUGCUGCUGGGUUUGGUGCUGCUGCUGUGCAGCAGCAUUGUAUUUGUCUCGGUGAGCCUGAAAGAAAUAGAAGAGCUGCGAAAAGCUGAAGAGAAGCAGCAGCAGCAUUUAUCGCGCGCUUUGAAAGAUAUGGGUUUGUCGCUGCUGACAUAUAUUAGUCCGGGGCUUGGUGCAGCAGCAGCAGGCGUAAAUUUUCUUUUACAAGAACAGCAAGAAGACAAGCCUCCUCCGCCUCCGCCGUCACUUUACAAACGCAUUCAGCAGUAUGCAGCGCAGCACACUGCGUUUGCUGCAGCAGAAGCUGCUGUCUUUCUUUUAGGGUUUUUGCUGCUGCUCUCUGGUGCCAGUAGAAUAUACAAAACAGCGCCGGCUGCUCUUGCAGACAAACUCAAAAGGAAGCAUUACACGUAA